AUGGCACAACCCGUGAUUGCGUUUGAUUUAUACGGCACGCUCCUGUCAACGGAGUCGAUAGCCACGGAGUUGGCCAAGCUUUAUGGCGAGGAAAAGGCCAAGGCGUUGGCCGCGCGCGCCAGGACUCUGCAGCUAGAGUACACCUGGCGCUGCAACAGCAUGAAAAAAUACCAAAGCUUCAGCGAUGUGACGCGCUGGUCUUUCCGCCAUGCCACGGCGGAGCUGGGCGUGCACCUCGCCCCCGCCGACGAGGAGCUCGUCAUGAAUGCCUACAACGGCCUGGACAGCUUCCCCGAUGCCAACGCCGGCCUCGAUGUCCUCGCGGACGCAGAUUCCGUGAGCGCGUACGUCUUCUCCAACGGCGACCCCGGCAUGCUGGCCUCGUCCAUGUCCACGUCGCCCGCGCUCGCCGCCAGCGCCCGCCACGUCUUGCCGCCAAACCGGGUCAUCAGCGUCGAGCAGCUGCGCGUCUUCAAGCCGGACCCGAGCGUCUAUGCGCAUCUGCUAGAGGUUGCUGGUAAGAAGGACGAUCCGGGGAGUGUAUGGCUGGUGUCGUCGAACCCGUUUGAUGUGUGUGGUGCGGUGGCAUCGGGCUUGAAGAGCGCGUGGGUCGAUCGCACGGGAAAAGGAUGGCUUGACGGGCUUGCUAAUGGGACGGGCGAUAAUCCGACCAUUGUGGUCAAGGGCGUGGAUGAGGCAGUGAAGGAGAUACUGAAGGCUUCCCAGGCUUGA